AUGCCGGCGAGAACUCCACUCUGCUGCACCCGGGCGCGCCUUACGCAUCUGCCAGCACAGCGGUGGCUCUUCCACGCAGACGCUGGACGCCCCCGCCCCCCCGCCACCGCGGUGGGCUCUCCCUGCCCGCCCCGUUCCAUUCCUAGCAAAGGAGCAAAGGCGGCGGCGGCGGCGGCGCGCCAGGAUCAGACCCGGCCAAUGCCGCCGGGACCCUCGACUUUGACUUACGCCUCCUUCAACAGGAAGCACGAUGGUCACAAGCCCGCGUACCGCAGUCGGCUCAGCAGUUCGGUGGACAGUUCCGUGGUGCUGAAAGUACGUCCGCGGCUUCGGAGCUCCUCGGCGUCUGUUGGGAACUUUGCCCCAGCCAUGUUUGCAGCGGUCCGGUGCAGCCUCGUGUUAGUCUCUUUUUUCUUCUGGAGAGGAUGCGCCCAGAAUUUCGGCCAGACUCGGUUUAUCUGCACUUCGGUGCCGGUGGAUAUGGACAUGUGCACUUCUUCUAUGCAGAGCGGCGGCAGCACUGAAGACCUGAAGACCACCGUGCUACAGCUGAGGGAAACGGUGCUUCAGCAAAAGGAAACCAUCAUGAAUCAAAAGGAAACCAUCAGGGAACUGACCACGAAGCUGGGCAGGUGUGAAAGCCAGAGCUUACUCGAGACAGUCCCCAGUGAAGCCAAAACAGGCAGGAAGCAGACCACCUCUUCCAAAAACACCAUGGGAGAUCUCUCCCGGACUCCAGCAGCUGAGACCUUGAGCCAACUUGGGCAAACUUUGCAGUCACUUAAAACCAGGCUAGAAAACUUGGAGCAAUUCAGUAGGAUGAAUUCUUCGAGCCAGACAAAUUCUCUGAAGGAUAUACUCCAGAAUAACAUUGAUGAUUUAGAGAAGCAAGUGCUGUCUCGAAUUAACAGCCUGGAGGAAGGAAAGUACAAUCCCAAGAAUGAGUCUGAAGAAAGAGGGAAAAUAGAGAGCACUUUAACUUCCCUUCACCAAAGGAUCAGUGACCUAGAGAAAGGUCAGAAAGAUAAUAGGCCAACAGACAAGUUUCAACUGACUUUCCCCUUGCGAACCAACUACAUGUAUGCCAAGGUGAAGAAAAGCCUUCCAGAGAUGUAUGCCUUUACUAUCUGCAUGUGGAUAAAAUCAAAUGCUUCCCCAGGUGUAGGUACACCCUUUUCUUAUGCAGUACUUGGACAAGCCAAUGAGCUGGUGCUGAUUGAAUGGGGCAAUAAUCCCAUGGAGAUCCUUAUCAAUGAUAAGGUAGCAAAGCUUCCUUUUGUCAUUAAUGAUGGGAAAUGGCACCAUAUCUGCAUCGCAUGGACAACCCGGGAUGGUGUCUGGGAGGCUUAUCAGGAUGGCACACAACGAGGCAAUGGGGAAAACUUGGCUCCUUAUCAUCCUAUCAAGCCACAAGGGGUCCUUGUUCUGGGACAGGAACAGGACACCCUUGGCGGUGGAUUUGAUGCCACCCAGGCAUUUGUAGGAGAACUAGCCCACUUCAACAUCUGGGACCGAAAACUCACCCCAGGAGAGGUCUACAAUCUGGCCACCUGCAGCACCAAAGCCCUGUCCGGUAGUGUCAUAGCCUGGUCUGAGACCAACAUUGAUAUUUACGGCGGAGCCACAAAAUGGACAUUUGAAGCCUGUCGUCAGAUCAACUAGAAGUGCUGCUUUUCUCCCUUCCCCUUUCCAAAUCCAUUUAACCCUUGGUUAACAGACAUUCUCCCCACCCAGGAAUGAAUUAUGGACAAAUCUGUUUCCUUUCUCUCUUCUGUCUUGCUUUCUUUCAAAAAUUAUUUUGUUUGUCCUAAAGAAUUAGUCACUUUUUUUUUUUGUCUAGGAGACUUGGGCCAAGUUUCUCAGACAAUUCUAAGGCAACUUGGAACUUUGCAACCUGACA